AAGUGGCGCAGCCUGCUUGUGCAUUGUCAAGUUGAUUUCCCAAACACAAUCGGCUGGACUGCAUUUGAUUAGAUUUUCCACUCAUUUCCCGAGGAGCAAGACUCUUGCCCGGCUUCUUGAAGUUAACCGAGAUCGGUCUGCGCAAAAAUGGCGAGCGUCUCGUACCAGAUCUCCAAUCUUUUGGAGAAGAUGAUGUCCAGCGACAAGGACUUCCGCUUCAUGGCCACCAAUGACCUGAUGACCGAGCUGCAGAAGGACAGCAUCAAGUUGGACGACGACUCUGAGCGGAAAGUUGUCAAGAUGCUGCUCCGCCUCCUUGAAGAUAAGAACGGAGAAGUCCAGAAUCUGGCGGUCAAAUGCUUAGGGCCGCUGGUCAAUAAAGUGAAAGAGUAUCAAGUGGAGACAAUUGUGGACAGUCUUUGCACCAACAUGGUGUCGGAUAAGGAGCAGCUCAGGGAUAUUUCUAGCAUUGGCCUUAAGACUGUCAUCAGUGAACUGCCACUCGCCUCAAGUCAACUCGCUGGAAAUGUCUGCAAAAGAAUCACAGGCAGACUUAGCACAGCCAUUGCCAAACAAGAGGAUGUUUCUGUCCAGUUAGAGGCCCUAGACAUUUUGGCUGAUCUACUGUCAAGGUUUGGAGCUCUUCUAGUGAACUUCCACUCCACAAUUUUGGAAAAUCUACUUCCUCAGUUGGCUUCUCCUAGACAAGCCGUUCGCAAAAGAACAAUUGUGGCUCUGGGCCUGCUAGUUAUGUCAUGCCACCCUACACUGUAUACAAAACUGAUGAUGGUGAUGCAAGAGGAGUUGGACAAAAACACUUCAAUCAGCACCACUAGAACAUACAUCCAGUGUGUGGCCGCCAUCUGUCGACAAGCUGGACACCGAUUUGGAGAAUACGUAGAGCAAAUGGUGCCCUUGAUUGUGAAAUAUAGCAGAGAGGAUGACGACGAGUUGCGCGAGUACUGUCUGCAGGCAUUUGAAGCCUUUGUCCAGAGGUGUCCGAAGGAAGUCAGCCCUCACAUCCCAACGAUUGUAACCUUGUGUUUGGAGUACAUCACAUAUGAUCCAAAUUACAAUUAUGAGGAAGAGCCAGAUUAUGAUGACAGUGCGAUGGAGACUGAAGACGAAGAUGGUGGAGACGAGGAUGGAGAGGAGGAAUACUCGGACGACGACGACAUGAGCUGGAAGGUUCGCCGUGCUGCUGCCAAGUGCUUGGAAGCGGUCAUCAGCACCAAAAGAGAAUUGUUGCCUGAUUUAUACACAGACGUGUCACCUGCUCUAAUUAGCCGAUUCAAAGAGAGGGAAGAAAAUGUCAAGUCCGACAUUUUCCAUGCUUACAUGGCACUUCUUCGCCAGACCCGAAGAAUUCAGAGUGUCACCGUUGAACCAGACGGCAUGGAUGCCGAGGAAGGCCCUAUCACUCUGCUCCAAAAUCAAGUACCAACCAUUGUGAAAGCUGUUCACAAGCAAAUGAGAGAAAAGAGCAUCAAGACGAGACAGGACUGUCUGACCUUGCUUAGAGAAUUGGUAGUCGUUUUGCCUGGUUGUCUUGCUUCUCACAUCCCUGCCCUUGUUCCUGGAAUUUUAUUUUCUUUGGGUGACAAGAACUCAAGCAGCAACAUGAAAAUCGACACUCUAUCCUUCAUCAGCUGCCUGGUGGCCUCGCACGAGCCAACCGUGUUCCACCAGCACAUUCCUGCCUUGCUGCCCCCAGUGAUUGCUGCCGUGCGAGAUGGGUUUUACAAAAUCACCGCCGAGGCUCUGCUAGUGCUGCAGCAGUUGGUGCAGGUGGUUCGACCAAUGGACCGUCACUGCAACUUCGACUUCAAGCCAUUUACUGCUGAACUCUAUGAGUGCACCUUGCAACGCCUACGAGCUGCUGACAUAGAUCAGGAGGUGAAGGAACGAGCCAUCUCUUGCAUGGGCCAGAUUAUUUGCAACUUGGGCGACUACCUGCAAGCUGAGCUGCCCACUUGCUUGCCUAUUAUCUUGGACAGACUGCGCAACGAAAUUACACGACUCACCACUGUGAAGGCUUUGACAAAAGUUGCUGGUUCUCCUCUGCACAUUAACCUGCAGCCUGUGCUCGUUGAUGCCAUGCCUAUUCUCGGCUCAUUCCUUCGCAAAAAUCAGCGCGCCCUUAAAUUGGCCACCCUAACCCUGUUGGACGUUCUCGUCCGAAGCUACAACAAAGUCAUGCACCAGAGUCAACUGACCGCUGUGAUUGUUGAACUGCCUCCACUUCUCAGCGAGUCUGAUCUGCACAUUGCCCAGCUGACUUUGACCCUGUUGACCUCUGUGGCACAGACCCUGCCUCUGGCACUUGGCAACAUAGGCAGCGAAAUUCUGCCUGAAAUUUUGGUCUUGGUCAAGAGUCCUCUUCUGCAAGGCGCUGCCCUCGCUUCCAUGCUUGACUUCUUCCAGGCCUUGGUCCAGGCUAACCUGCCCGGCUUAGGAUUCUGCGAGCUGGUCAUGCUGCUCAGGCAGCCUGUCUUGACUGAUCAGAUGGCAUCCUCCCUUCACAAACAGGCAUUGCAUUCUCUUGCAAAGUGUGUUGCGGCCAUAGCUUUGAUUGUACCUGGUGAAGCUCAGAAUGUCCCGAUGCAGUUGGCCUCCGACACGAAAUUGGGUGGCACCAACCAAGAGAGGAUUUUCAACAUGUAUACCAUUGGAGAAAUUGGAAGACACAAGGACUUGAGUGGCAUUCCACAGGUGUCAGAAGCACUCCUUUCUGCCUUUUCGUCAGUUACGGAAGAAGUAAAGUCGGUGGCUGCUUACUCUCUGGGCAGUGUGGCCUCGGGCAACUUGAAUCACUAUUUGGGCACAAUCAUGAACGAAAUGAAAGCCAAGCCUAGGAAGGAGUACCUGCUUCUGCACUCUCUCAAGGAGAUGAUCAGCUACCAGGCAAGCACAGCGGCUGGCCGACUGGCCCUGCAGCCUCAUGUGCCCACCAUCUGGCAGUAUCUCUACGAAUACAGAGAGUGCGCAGAGGAGGGAACCAGGAACGUGGUGGCCGAGUGUCUUGGCAAACUCACGCUCAUAGAUCCCGACACGCUGAUGCCACAUCUGAGGGAGUCGUUGGCCUCCGAAUCUGCUCACAUGAGAACCAUUGCCGUCACAGCUAUCAAGUUCACCAUUUCUGACCAGCCUCAAGCCAUUGACCCUCUUUUGCGUCAACACAUGGGCCAAUUUCUGGCUGCGCUCAAGGACCUGGACCCGAAUGUGAGAAGAGUGGCUCUUGUAGCUUUUAACUCUGCCGCACACAAUAAACCUUCACUUGUAAGAGAUCUGCUUGACGAGACCCUCCCUCAACUUUAUGAAGAAACCAAAGUCAAGAAAGAGCUCAUUCGUGAGGUUGAGAUGGGUCCUUUUAAACACACUGUCGACGAUGGGCUGGACAUACGCAAAGCUGCCUUUGAGUGCAUGUACACGCUGCUGGACUCGUGCAUGGACAGACUGGACGUUUUUGCCUUCCUCGACCAUGUGCAGAACGGACUCAAAGAUCAUUAUGACAUCAAAAUGCUGACCUACCUCAUGGUCGCCAGGUUGUCUCAGCUCUGCCCCUCGGCUGUUCUUCAACGACUUGUGCACUUGGUCGAGCCCCUAAAAAAGACUUGCACAACCAAAGUGAAGGCCAAUUCGGUGAAACAGGAAUUCGAAAAGCAGGAUGAGCUCAAGAGGUCUGCCAUGAGAGCCGUUGCAGCCUUGUUGUCAAUUCCCACAGCAGACAAAAAUCCUCAUCUCGCAGAAUUUGUGACUAUUAUAAAGACAACUCCUGAACUGCUAACAAUCUUCGAGUCAAUUCAGAAAGACUCCUCCAUGGCCUCCGGAGGCCAGGACUCGCCAACCAUGAUGGAUCUGAGCUGAAAAACCCACCACCUCACCAUCCAGCGUGGAGUGCAUUAGUGCUGAAGUGAUGAUUUAACAUCAAUCAGACUUUCGUGCUUAAUCAAGGUAAAAUUGCAAAAUUGAAACCGCCACUCAUUUCUACCUAAUCGACUGCUACAACCGUGGGAUACUUCUUAACGUGUAAUUAUAUUUUCGAGAGAAGGAGUGUAGGCGAUGAUUUGUUGUAAAUUAAAACUGCAAGUCUUUUUUUCCUUAUGUUUUCGGUAGAACGAAAACCUGUUUAAUAAAUACUUAGUGUAAUAAUCAAUCGACUACAAUUUAAGUAACACAGAGUAGCGCAGAGUUGGAAUAAUUACUGAACAAUAAAAACAAACUCCUUUUUUCAUCCAAGCAAACCACACGUUC